UCCCGCCAUAUUAGCCAGCAUGGGGUAGGCGAGGAUGUUCUCGAGGGGUGAUACGGGCUGUUUCUUCUCCCGUAAGGUAAUCCGCGUACCUGCGUCGCGUGUCCGAACCCCCUGGUGUCGUGUGCGGUUUCCACCAUCGAACGAGAGAAGCCUAAUUUGGGUCUCCCUGUGUGGACUGGCCGGAUAGUGUGCUAGGGUGGACCGGUAGCCCAGUUGUGUCGGAGGUCUGUAACGACCCCACUGUAGUAGACCCCACUGUGUUCGUGUAGCACGCAUGGAUAAACGUACUAUCCCAAGAACGACGGACCUCGACACCUCGAGAAGGAGGAAAGAGGAACAGCAGAGGGCCUGGACACCGGUUGAGACCAGGGAGAGGGGUGCUGAGGGCUGCACGACCAAGGCUGAAGAGCUCCUAGCCGCUGCCGCCGGCCUUCCUGAGGACACGUCUAACAAAAGGGGCUGCAAAUCGGCCGCGCAAGUGUGGAUGUCUUUAUUGUCCCUCUGUGAUCGGAUGUGCGGCUCCGCCGCGUGGCUAGUGCUCUUCACAUGCCUCCACGGGGAGGGCCGGGGGGAAGUGACAGACAUCAGCGCAAGUCCUGGGAGGCAAGCACCUGCCAACCAGUUGCGCCCCAAGGAACCACCCCCCAUGGUGAUUCAGGGAGAUUUCAGAAAGGUGAGUGGAAUCAGCACAGAGAUCUUCAAACAGAUCGAGACCGUCGAGAACGAUCAUGACGCCUCGACAGCAGCGGCCCUCGAAGCUGUCGAACGAAGGGGUGAGAUGGUCGUCCGAGUCAUCGAGCCACGACAGAUGGGCAGACAGGCGUCCGAGGCGGCGAAGAAGUUCAUUGCUAUGCAGGAUCCAAAGCAUCCCAUCCACUUUGUCGAGAUAAUCAAAAGGCCAGGCCAGACGCUGGGGUUGUACAUACGGGAAGGCAAUGGCGUCGACAGAAACGACGGUGUCUUUAUCUCGAGGAUAGCCCUGGAGACCGCAGUCUACAACAGCGGCUGCCUGAAGGUUGGGGAUGAAAUCCUAGCAGUGAAUCUGGUCGAUGUGACGCACAUGAGCCUGGACGAUGUCGUGAUCAUUAUGUCGAUACCCAGGAGGCUCGUCCUGGCGACUAGGCAUGGCCAGCACCAGCCAGUCUCACAUAGUCGUCAGACCGAGCACAAAGCGCCUCCGGUUGUGGUGAUCAAGAGGGAGCUAAAUGAAGAUGAGAGCGACCAUGCAACGAGUAACCACGUCAGGGAUGGCAGUCGUAGGCGUGGCGACGGUCGUGAGAUGCUACCUUCCCGGUCUAGAUUAGGUCUUUCGGGUCUAGGCUCCAGUCAAGACCUAGGUUCCAGCAACGGUGACCUAUACUACAACUCCAGACCGGAGGGACACUGGUCGUAUCAACCACCACCACCUCCUGUUAUCACACAUCAGCCAAAACCCUCUACGACGCAACACUUCCAGCCUUAUGAGCGUGGAUAUCCAAAAACUUUGGAGAGUUUAGCUGAAAAAGUACACUCCUUCUACACGGGGCCAGUUAUGCCCUCAAAUGGUGGUCGUCGAAUGUCCACGGGCGCAGGGAUGCAGUCGGUUGGCAGCAGAUUGUCUAGUCAGACUCAGCCAUCGCAUUAUGGUUAUGGCCAACACUCUGGAAGUGGAAGAAUUAUGCCUAGAAGCGGUUCAGAUCAACAUUUACCUCGCGUUGAUUACACAAGUAUCACCACUCCAGCUCGACAUACUCUUCUUAGAUCCAGCUUGAAGUCAGGAACAUCUGCGUUGAGAUACAACACCAGAUAUGGCACUCAGGGAGACAGUACGUCGACUACUCAGAGACAAGGUCAAUUUGGUACCCUAACCAGGAGGCACCGACCAUCGUUGGAUUAUGCUUCAGACACUGAAGCAACCUGUUCGAGUUCGCCCAAAUCGGCGUAUUAUUACUACAGGCACAAUAUGAACAAUCCGCCUCAGAGUAGCGCUGUCUCGCAUCUUGCCACCCUAUCGAGAUCACAGAUUGGUCAGAGUUCCUCAGGCUUGAGAUCGAAUUCGUUGCCUCGUAGUGGCAGAACGUUGCCCCAGCAACCAGGUCUCAGGUCUGGACUUAGCACAGUAGCAUCUGGACUAAUAGAUCAGGAAGAUAGUGACGGAGCACUAUCAGCGCCCGAACUACCUUCCAUUAGACGCGAUAGAGGAAGAAUACCGUCAUCACCCAGUGUGUUCACAUCAGAUGAGUACCGAGCAUGGCUGAGUCGAACGCCGAGUACCAGUGCAUUGUACGAGCAGAUUAGAGCCACUACGACUAGACCACCACGUUACACUUACAGCGCAGAGAACAUCCACGCAGCUGUAAAUCAAGGUGAAUAUGGAAGCUAUGGGACGUACAGACCAUUGUCCAGCACGCUGGAUCGUUUGUCAACAAGAUCAGCCUCUGCUCAGCAAGUGAAUCUUGCCAACUUAAGAGCAUCGACAGCGAUCAGCUCGACGUGUCAUCGUGGAACAGCGAACCCAAGACCGGCCUCGGUUGCAUCCAGUGCUCGUACGUCCUUGACGAGUCAGAAACCGUCACUGAGCAGCUCCACCACCCAGAGGGCAACGUCGGUCAGAAGAAUCAGGAACCUGCUAGACCUGGAGUCCACCCGAAGCAUACCUACCCCCACACCUACCAGAACUCAGGAUCAAAGACUGCUAGAUAUUAAUCCUGCAGAGUUCCUUAAGUAUAAGAUAGAAAAACCUCCGACUGUGGGAACUCCGAGCUCGACUAGCUCUCUUUUGAGCUCGCUCGGGGAAACCAGCAGCGGUGACCUGGCGGGUGGUGUUAGUGGACUACUUUGGGUCCAUCUUCUGGCAGGUCGUGGCCUCCGUUCAACAACAUCCUCCUCAGCGGCCACUACUCCUUCCACACCAUCAGGUCAGCCUAAUUUAGCUAGUUGCGGCUUGAGAGACCUUUACUGCGUGUUGGAGUGCGAUAGGGUGCACAAGGCGAGGACAGUGAUGCGAACUGGCGAUUUAAUGUUCGACUGGGACGAAACCUUCGAGCUGGAUCUCGUUGGCAACCGGCAGUUAGACUUGCUGGUCUAUUCCUGGGAUCCACAGUACAGGCACAAGCUUUGUUACAAAGGAUCUGUGCACCUGGCGACCCUUUUGAAAGAAUCACCAGUUCACCAGCUAGCUGUCAAAGUCGAACCACGUGGCACAAUUUAUCUAAGACUGAGAUAUACGGAUGCUCAGCAAACAUUCCGAAGGAGAGGGCUCCCAGUCAUAUCUCUGGCUACCAGAGUGGCGCCACUUUUCGGAGUUGACCUUGACACAGUGGUGAGUCGAGAGAGCAAGACUGGUGGAGUUCCUGGAGGUGUUUCUACCGCCCUAGCGAUGGGUGUUCCAAAUGUGCCCAUAAUUGUAUGGCGUUGUGUCGAAGAAGUUGAAAGAAGAGGUCUUGACAUCAUUGGUCUAUACAGGCUCUGUGGAUCAGCUACGAAAAAAAGGAUACUUAGGGAGGCUUUUGAAAGGAAUGCUCGUUCAGUGAACCUGUCGCCUGACAAUGUACCAGAUAUCAACGUGAUUACUGGUGUACUGAAGGAUUACUUGCGAGAACUUCCAGAACCACUCUUCACGAGGUGCCUCUAUCAGAUGAUGGUCGAUGCAUUGGCCGUCUGUCUACCGGAUGAUCCACAAGGCAACGCAAAACUCAUGUUCAGUAUACUUGACUGUUUACCAAAGGUGAACAGGUGUACGUUAAUCUACUUGCUGGACCAUCUGGCAAUGGUAGUAUCACAGUGUAAUAAGAUGUCACCAGCAAGUUUGGCAGUCUGUUUCGGACCAGUUUUAAUGCUACAUUCUGAAGAGAACGGGCCGCCUUUGGAUUUCCAACAACCAAUAGCAGUUCUCAAGUAUCUUCUUGAAAUUUGGCCUGUUAAGUCAGUUCGGAAGAUUUCUUCAGUCGCUUCGGCGCUUCCUCGAGUUACGCCAACAGUCGAGCACAACAGCAGUCAACAGCAACUGCAGCACCAGCAGCAGGCUCAGCAACAGGUGCAACAGCAACUGCAGGGAACAUUGGGACGCACAGGGCUGCCCUGGCAGCCUCAACACUCACUUCAUCAACAGCCCCCAACUACGGCAGCAACCGCAGCCCUCGCGCCCUCCACUCGUCCUCCACCACCGGUCAAGCCUCGCCAGGUGAUAGUCUCGUCUCCCGGUUCACCUAGCAGCGAGGAGUCGGAAGCCUCGCCGGAACCGAUUAACAAAAGCCUCCUGGGCGGCCUGGGACUCGAAAAGAACAACGAAGGGGCCACAGCGAACUCGACUGGUCCUGGAACAGAACAGAUUACGCCGACCAGCAGCGUCGACACCGAGGAGGGAAAUACACCACAUCCUGAAGAGGGUGAGAAGGGCGUCGAGGGUGAUGCAGAGGCCAGCGAUGACGAUCGACAUUAGCACGUACCCAAUACGCAUUAGAGUCUCGUAAAAUAUGAGGAUUUAAUCGGGGAUGUGCGCCCUGGAUAACUUCGACGUCUUCGUUUUACCGAUAGUUUGGAGAAUCUUGCGUUUCUUCUCUUUUUUUUUAAGAAGAUGAGAUUACUAAGGAACAGUGUUGGGCAUGAAAUAAUGAAUACAUCGAAAGGUUAAAAUUUGUUCAACUAGGAAUUACCUGGAUUAUCUAGUUGUUAGUUGUUAAUUGUUGAAAUAGACUGUAAACAGGCUCAAAGUCUGCUUACAGUUUCUCUAAAUUUAUUUAUUAUUUGAAGAAAGUUUGGCUAGGUUUGAAUCUUGCCCAAUACUGAUGCAUGCGUAUUAAGAGACUGACAAUGAAACUUGUAAUAGAAAUAUAAUGGAUUUUGAAGUCUGUUGGAACAGGAUUGAAAGGGUUUUGUUGCUCACAAGUGUGUUUGUUUGAAAUUGUUUAAAAAAAAGAGAGAGAGGUUAUAUUCUUAAGAUACAGCUUAUCAUUCAGAAUUGUAUGAAAUGAUAAACAAACAUGUUAAGAGUUUCUGUUUCAUUUUAAUCAAAGAUUCUCAUGAUGUGUUGACGAAAGCUGAAAAAAAGAAGAUAUACUUUCUACUUCUAAUUUCUCAAAGAUAUUUAACGCGUUGACUGCUUUGAUUUAGGAAUCUAACUUGUAUCUAACUUGUAUCUAACUUGAACAACACUUGUAUCGUGAAACGAUUUUUCAAUUUUUAAUAGGUACCAGCUACUUGUAGAGCAGCAAAGAAGCGAAAACCAAAGACUUGAAUCUUAAUCGAUGCUGUAUUACCUAGUGAAAUAAUUUUUCCUUGAAUGUUAUUAUUGUUGGCUGUGUUAGGAAAAUGGUUCUCUUCGUUGCGUAACGUUGUGUUUUGAAAUAUUUAUAGAUGUUUUCUGCGGCAGUCAGCGCGUCAAAUCGCACAUAUAUAUUAUAUUUGAAGAACAUAUAAUUUAUACAAUGAACGAGGCUGAAUAUUUGUCGCCAGACGCACAAUAUAAGCGAUCAUUGUUUCCGAGACGAAAUGGCGCGCAUAAUGGGACCACUGCGAAUAUUCGUUAAAGAAAAUAUCUUCGCGAAAAAACGAGAUUCAACGCUGAAAUUGACGAUCUGACGACUGACUGAAAGCCUUCUGCAAGUUUUAUAAUACGACUAAACAAAACCUAAACCAAAGAAAAUGAACUAAUCGAAAGUUGUACUAAUAUUUAGAAGAAGAUUUUACUCUUUAGCUGCGAUAUAUAUUAUGAUUUCACAAUGACCAAAGACUGUAAUGGGUUCCUAGUUUGAAACUUCUUGCACAAAAUUUGACUCCUAGAUAAUUUUGGUCUCGUUCAACCAAUGAAAUAAGUCGCCAUAUACAAGAGGAAAUAAUUCUCUCUUCCGCAGCUGAAGAGUCAAUAUUGCAAGGUUUUUGAACUUUUCUUCGAGCACAAAUGCCAGAAAGAUUAUCAACCAGCUGAACUUUUUUUCUAUUCUAUCUUGAGAUCAGUCAAAGCUUCUUUCAAAAACCCAACGGUUGAUCAAGCAAAAAUGGAGCCAGUAGACAAGAAACUAACAGAGGAAAGGAGGCAACGAGUGAAUAGUUGUACGACAGUGAACGUCUCUAAACAUUCCCUGCGUCCUAAAUUAUGCACAAAUCUAUUUUACCGACUGAGAAGAUAAUGUCCAAUGCAUUGGAACAGCAAAGAAAGGGAUACGAAUGGAAUGCAAAAAGGAAAUCUCGCGAUUCACCGCGCACAUCCUCAACUGAAGGAGAGACUCUACCAUUUCUCCAGUCGAUUUUUCAACAAAGUUCAUGGUGUUUCCCGGCCGGUCGAGACUGAGAUCUCACGCGAAAAAGUUCCGGAAGAGUUUCUUCACCGGCGAAGCUAGCUGCAGAAGAAGAAAGGCGACAAGAACUGAUCACGCUGACUGGCGAUGGAAGAAGAAAAGAGAGAGCGAUAUACAAGGAGGACAGGAGAUGAAACAAGAAUAAAUAACCAAAGAGAAAACAUACACACACAAAAGGAAAAGUUGAAUAAGAGACAUACACACACGUAGAGACAUAUAAGGAAAUAUGAAGAUGAUGAAUCACACAGACACAACGGUCGAUUUAUAUACAAUAUACUAUAUAUAUACAUAUUAUAUAUACACACAUAGGCUAGUCACGAUAUACAUGUGCUUUUGAUAAAAAAACUAUUACUUAGAGGUUAGCUAGCCCUCGUAUACAAAACACAAAGGAACUGCUGAUGUACACGACAGCUGCGUCGCACAUAUACAUGCAUUAUAUGUAAAAGGAGAAAAGAAAAUAAUUGAAAAAAAACGAAGGAUGAGAGAUAAGAUGCAAAGUAUAGGUGCACGCAGACGAUAAAGUUAUACAUAAUAUAUAUAAUGUUCAGCGCGACAGGAGUCGAGGAACCGACUCCAUGACUUCUUGUACAUGUUGACAAUAGCAAACCGACGAACGGAGAAGAAAGAUAAAGGAGAGAUUGGAUCAGAAUAAAAGCGGAGAGCCAGUGGUAGAUGAAUAGAAACUCACCGAGAAACGAUAAUAAUUAAACGGUUAAUUGUAAACUUCUAAACGAUUAAAAAAACAUAGCCAGUAUUAUAAUUGUGUACGUGAAGAAGCAAGCAUUUGAAGAGGACGAGCCGGGAGAGAGACCACCCUUCGGUCAGGGUAUUCCCCGGGGUUCGUUUGUUCUACGAUCUCGUCAACGGGGACACGAGUCGUUAUUUGACUAUUGUUACUGUCAUUAUGGUUAGUUAGUAUAAUAUUGUUGCGUACAGACAGUAGAUUUAAGUAGACCUCAUGGUAAUUAAUGAGUAGUCCCAUUUAAAGCUUAUUAUUCUUUUGAUCUAGCUUUUAAUAU